AAAUAAUAUUCAUAUAAUUAAUUUUAUUUAACUUGAUUGUAGAAUAUUAAAUGAGAUUAAGAAGAAAAAAGUUCAGCUAAAUUUGUUUAUCGUUGAUAGUGUCAAGCAAAAAUAAAAACUCGUUAGAUGGGUCAGUCAAACUUUACACCGUGUGGAUUAGUCGGGAAAAGGAAAAACGUACCGUGUUGAUACAAUAAAGAGCCACUUGGGAUCCCUUCUUUAGGUCAACUUGGGAUCUAAUCUACCACUCGUUUCUAAUUAUUAGAUUUUUUUAAAACGAAAUAUUUGGACGGUCCAAUUAACCUUAUACUACAUUUGUAAUAAAACCUCUAAAGUAAUUGACCAGUUUGAUGGGGAAAUUAUGUACGCAAACCGUUUAGGAUUAAAUUAUCUAAGUUGUAGGAAUGUGUACUCGUAAGAGCGACAAUAAUUUGUCUUUACGCUUUAAUGUUAACUAGGUGAUCCAUCCACUGUUUAUAUGAUGUUUCACGUUCUACUACACUUCUAAUCCAUUAUCCAUGACUAUUUUUUCUAGGUUCUGGAGCUCCAAAUUCCAAACACUCGUUGUCAUUAUUCUUGUACAUAAAUGAUUUUGUAUUCCUAAGAAAUUUAAAACUUAAACCAUGGUUGAGUGUAGUAUUAACUAUACCAAUUUUUGAGCAAACCAAGAAAUGAAAAAAAAAAAAUUAAAAAUGGUUCAAAACGUUUGAAAAUUGAAUAACGAAGGAAGGAUGAUGGUUCGAACCAAUAUUUAACAUCAUUGCGAAUCUUUAGAGGUCGAUGGCCUUCUCUACUAGAUUAGCCUUUUAUUACAAAAAGUACUCUUGGGACUAGUUCCCUUUUAACGAAUUUUCCUACGGUUUGGAGGAUGUAUACGAUGAGGAGGGCUUGGGGAAGGAUCUUUUGCAACUAGAAAAUAUCCCUGGAGAUCAAUUUCGAAAGAAAAGCAAGCCAAGCAAGAAACCCACUCUCUCUUCUCUAAAUAAUCAUUCACAUGACGCAAUAUGCAGUAUGCACACAUCUCCCUCCUCGAGGCCGCCAUCUAUGCAUAGACACAACGCAAAUGUAUGAUUGUUGUGUCAGAAGAGAGAUAAAGAGCCUUCUCUCUCUAGCUUUUGGGGAUCUAAAUAACAGACAGUGUCUCCCUUUGUUCUCUUUGUCCCUCUGCCUUCCAUACACACAGUUUGUCUCUCUUUCUCUCUCUCUCUUUUCGUUUACUCUGCGUCUCAACACUCCUUCCCAGAAGAAAGAAAGCCAGCAAUGGAGAGGCUAAACUCGAAGCUAUACGUGGAGAACUGUUACAUAAUGAGAGAGAAUGAGAGGCUACGGAAGAAAGCUGAGCUUCUGAAUCAAGAGAACCAACAGCUUUUGUUUCAACUCAAACAGAAACUCUCCAAAACUAAGAAGAACCCUAAUGGAUCAAACAAUGACAAGAAUCUUUGCUCAUCAAGCUCUGCUUCUGGACAAUCCUGAAUUAAAAUCAAGAAAUGUUAGAGCAGAUAUUUGGAAUUGGUAGAAGAAAAGACCCAAUCUUCCUAGUUUUUGUUUGUUUGUUGUUGUUGUUGGUUAUUUGGUGUAAUGCAAGGAAGAUAUUAGUAAUAUCUAGUAGGUUGUUAUGAAUAGAAGAUUCUCUCUUGUGUCUCUCUGUUAGUCUUAUCAGUCAUAUUUUACAUUUGUUUCUAUUUUCUAUCUUAAUUGAAGAUCUCUUUUGCUUUCCUCUGUGGGGGUUUGGGUUUUAGUAUAUGGUUGUUAUUGGACCAACA